AUGAACUUCAUCUUCAGUAUCUUUAAAUCUGGCAACAAGUCUACGGCUAGCAGCUCUAAUCUAGAAAGAGGUAAGUACGCACAAUGGACGAAAGAACAACUAAUUAAAAGAAUUUCAGAACUGGAAAGCUCGUCAGCAGCUGACUCAACUCCUCCCAAAAGACGUAAGGUUGUAUCAGAAACUCAAGUUUAUCAAGGUCAACCUCCAAAAAAAGCAAAACGUGUGAGACAGUUCGAUUUUUCUCAGCAUAGUACUAGAUUUGUCGCUUUGAGAUUUGCGUACCUUGGUUGGAAUUAUAAUGGUCUGGCUAUUCAGAAUGAACCAACUCCCUUACCCACAAUUGAGGGGAAAAUAUUAGAGGCAUUGCAUAUCUCUAGGCUAGUUCCUUCAAUGAAUCCUCGCGAGUAUCAAUUCAGUAGAUGUGGUAGAACCGAUAAAGGUGUCAGUGCCAUGAAUCAAGUCAUUUCCUUGAGAGUUAGAUCAAACUUGACACCAGAAGAACAAUUGGAUCCUGCCAAUGACAGAAGAGAAAUCAAAUAUGUUCAUAUCCUAAAUCAAUUACUUCCUGAUGAUAUUAGAGUUUCCGCAGUCUGCUUAAGACCUCCUGAAGGUUUCGACGCUAGGUUUAGCUGUGAAUCUCGUCAUUACAAGUAUUUAUUUAGUAAUGAUGGAUUAGAUAUUUCCAGAAUGCAGGAAGGAGCCACUUUGUUCUUGGGAGAACAUGAUUUUAGAAACUUUUGUAAGCUGGAUGGUUCAAAGCAAAUUACAAAUUACAAAAGGUCAGUCAUUAGUGCAAAAAUCCUUCAUAUUAGGGAUGACCUCUAUUGUCUUGAUUUGGUGGGUUCGGCAUUCUUGUGGCAUCAAGUCCGUUGUAUGAUGGCUCACUUAUUUUUGAUAGGGCAAGGUUUGGAAGAACCAUCUUUAAUAAAUGAUAUGUUUGAUAUCGUUAAAACUCCACAGAAACCAAUUUAUGACAUGGCAAGUGAUAUACCACUUCUUCUUUAUGAUUGCAAAUUCCCUGAAAUGGAAUGGUUAGAAUCAAAUUUGGACGAUUAUAGUUCUAUCAAAUAUGGUAAGGCCGUAAGUGCAUUAGCGUUGAAUUACCAAUUGAGAGCAGCUGUUGUCGAUAUUUUCAAAACAGUUUUGCCUACCUCAGAGGCUAACUUAUUCUCGAAAACUAGAAUCAAUGUCGGUGAUGGUAAGGGAAGAGUAGUCACUAAUUAUCAGAAAAUGAUGGAUAGAGAUGUCAUGGCUCCAGUUGAAGUAGUGAAUAAGAAAUAUAGCGAGAAGAAAAAGCAAAGAAAGAAGAAAAAGGCUCUAGAACAGUCCGUGUAA